AUGGUCGCAAGUGGAGCUGACGAUGGGCCGCGCCCGAGGGGUGGCAUCGGCCGGGAUGGCAGCGCUCGGCCCAAGGGAGAGCCCCGCCUCCGGGAGCGGCCCGAGAGGGAGCCGACGGCCCCUGAGCAGGAGGGCCCUCGGCUGACCAGCUCCGGCUCCGGCCCGGCUCCACCUGGGCUCCCUCCACGCGGCGGCUCCUCCGUCUCACUUCCAGCCUUGGAGAGGGCGCCCACGCCGGCUGGCAGCGCGGUCAGGGCUCUCCCGGGGCUCUCCCGGGGCUCUCCCGGGGCUCUCCUGGGGCUCUCCAGGGGCUCUCCUGGGGCUCUCCUGGGGCUCUCCCUGCGCUGGCGCCUCCCCAGCGGCCCUGCUUGGAAGGAGAAGGCCGAGAGCAGCAGGAGAGGCUCCCCGGCUCUCCCGCUUCCCUCCCCGGCCCCGCCGGCCAUCUCCGCUGGGCCGUCCCGUGGCUCUCCCGAACGCCCCAGCCCUUCCCCAGGGGGUUCUGGGCUCCCCGGAUUCUGUCCCCAGAAGGUCUCCAUCGCGCCCGGCCUGGCCUGCAGGCUUGGCUCCCCCGGGCGUCCCCCGCCUCCUCCUGGGCUCCCGGAGGGCAGGGCUCGGAGGCCCCUGAGAGCCCCAGGCCCGUCGCCCCGUCCCUGGGCCGGAGACCAAAUGAACGAUGGCCGCCAGAGACAUCCUCUGUGCCUGGGAGAACCGCCAAGGCCCCGGCCCUGCUCCUUCUCGUGGCCCACAAGGGAAGGAGCUCCUCAGGUAGAAGCUGCAAGGACGGGGCGUCCCCUGCCUCCUGGCAGGCCCCGGGCAGCCCCUCACCCAGAGGGGGCGUCUCAGGGCACCCGAGAUCAGUCCCAGCAGCCUUCCUUCCCCCGGGACGCUCCCGAGCGGAGCCGGGAUCUCCCAGCGGCAGGUCCAGGAGGGGUGAGCCUCCCGCCGCCCGAGCGGCCGUCAGAAUCCUUCCUUUCCCAGGACCUGGAGGACCAGAACGAGGGCCUCGGGCUUCCCCCGCACCCGCAGCCCUGA